CUGGCAUAAAAGGUGGCCUUGCAUGGUUUGAGUAGCAGGUUCACUGAGGUGUGGAUGUUAGACUGUCACCUUUCUCUUUUAAAGAUACCUUGGAAAACCGUCACAGGUUUCUCCUGUGACAAUGUCUUCCAUCAAGAUUGAGUGCGUUUUGCGAGAGAACUGUAGGUGUGGGGAGUCUCCAGUAUGGGAGGAAGCGACCAACUCUCUGCUCUUCGUAGAUAUCCCUGCAAAGAAGGUUUGCCGGUGGGAUCUGCUCAGCAAGCAAGUGCAACGAGUGGCUGUGGAGGCCCCAGUUAGUUCAGUGGCUCUUCGCCAGUCUGGAGGUUAUGUUGCCACCAUUGGAACCAAGUUCUGUGCUUUGAACUGGGAAAAUCAAUCAGUAGUUGUCCUGGCCACAGUGGAUAAAGAUAAGAAAAACAAUCGAUUCAAUGAUGGGAAGGUGGAUCCGGCUGGGCGAUACUUUGCUGGCACCAUGGCUGAGGAAACUGCCCCAGCAGUUCUUGAAUGGCACCAAGGGUCCUUGUACUCCCUCUUUCCUGAUCACCAUGUAAAGAAAUACUUUGACCAAGUGGAUAUCUCCAAUGGUUUGGAUUGGUCCCUAGACCACAAAAUUUUCUACUACAUUGACAGCCUGUCCUACUCCGUGGAUGCCUUUGACUAUGACCUGCAAACAGGACAGAUCUCCAACCGCAGAAGUGUUUACAAGCUGGAGAAAGAUGAACAAAUCCCAGAUGGAAUGUGCAUUGAUGCUGAGGGAAAGCUUUGGGUGGCCUGUUACAAUGGAGGAAGAGUGAUUCGCCUAGAUCCUGAAACAGGGAAAAAACUCCAAACUGUGAAAUUGCCUGUUGAUAAAACAACUUCAUGCUGCUUCGGAGGGAAGGAUUACUCUGAAAUGUAUGUGACCUGUGCCAGAGACGGGAUGGACCCUGAUGGCCUAUUGAGGCAACCUGAAGCUGGUGGAAUUUUCAAGGUGAUAACUGGUCUUGGGGUCAAAGGAAUUGCCCCCUACCCCUAUGCAGGAUGAGUCACAGAUCUUUCCUGACAGAGGAAGAAGCUUUGAAGACAACUAGGAAAUCUGGGGCUGAAAUCAAUGAAAUUUCAAGCUAGCUUUAAAAAUGAGGCAUUAAUAUUAUAGCAGGGUUAAGUUUUAAUUUUCAAUUUGGAGGAGAUAUUUGGGAAUGGGUCCAGGACAUGGUGUAUUAAUAAAGCACAUGUUUGAACAGUGAGCUACAUCCCCAGCACCCUUAAUUUACAAUUUUAAUGUAGAGCACUUUUCACAGGAGAUGACAGGUAGUUUUAAUAACACACACUAAGGCCUUCUGUAAAUCCUAUAGAAAUUCAAAGAGUAGUUGAACUGUCAAACAACCUAUUGAUCCUUUGUAAAUUGCUCAGAGACGUUGAAAUGGGAGCAUGUCUAAUCUUCAUUCUGCAUUCCAUACUUACUAUACCCAAAGCUUCAAAAAAUGAAUACACAGAAAUUUGUGGAUGGUUUA